AUGGAGGUGUCGGGCGGGGCAGACAGGACCGAAGAGGAGGAGCGGAUGGAGGGCAUGGACAAGGAGCUCAUCCGGCGCCUCUCCACCCGCGACUUUGCCAAAGGGCAGCGCCUCGCCAAGGAACGCCGCUGGGAGGCCAUACAGAUCAAGGCGAUGGGCCGCGAAGACCACGCGCUGAUCUCCACUGGCUGGCCUUGCCUGCGACAGACGUUCAAAGCGUGGAUCAACUGUCAGCUGGCCCCGCGUGGCAUCAACGUGAGGGACCUCGACGCCGAUCUCAAGUCGGGGGUGGUGCUAGUGAACCUGCUGGAAGUACUCACCGGGCACAAGGUGGCCCGUCGGGACCGGGACUUCAAGCACGACCUCGUGCGCGAGAUCGAAGUCCCCUUUUCGCUCGCCAACCUGCGAGUCGCGCUGGACUUCAUCGAGCAAAACAUCGGCCUGCGCCUGGUGAACUGCUCCGCCGAGGAGAUCGUAAAGGGCAACAUCAAGAUCAUCCUGGCGGUGCUGUGGGUGCUCAUUCGUAAGUUCCACAUCGUCGACCCGGCCCUCCGCAACGCCACCGCCACGGUGAGCGAUUCCUCCGAGUUGCAGGGCGCGGCGGAGAAGCACCUGCUGGCGUGGGUGCGCGAGAAGACGUGCGGCCUCGUGGAGGUCACCAACUUCACGAGCAGUUUCCAGAACGGGCUGGCCUUCUGUGCGCUGUUGCAUCACUACCGGCCUGACCUGAUCGACUUUGACCAACUGCCCGACGACCCCAAGGCCAACCUGGAGCUGGCCUUCGACGUCGCCGAGACGCACUGCGGGGUCGCCCGUUUGCUGGACGCGGAUGACGUCAUCGCGUACCCGGAGGACCUGUGCAUCCUCAUCUACGUCUCCUCGCUCUACCAAGAACUCGAAAAGGACAACGAAAAGAGGAAGAUACUGCCACGCAUAUCAGCUGCCUUUAAGAACCCUUUGAAGGCACUGGUGAAGGAUUCGAACAAGAAAGCGGUGGAGCCGGUGAAGAAGCUGAGCCUCUCGAACAGCAACCUGAUCAGCAGCGCUGGCGGAAGCGCCGGCGGGGGCAGCUCCGGCGCUGCCGCUAUGUCCAUCAUCAGGGAGCAGAGUUUUGCAUCGUACUGGAGCGCGCCGGCGCAACAGGGUUGCGUGGAGAUUCGCAUCGCGCUCGCGGGACCGUCCGUGGUGCGUUCCUUCUCCAUCGUUGUCGACGAGCUCGGCUACAGCGAGAGCGACGCGCCGAUCGUGUCGCUGCUGGCCGGGCACACCAUCUCCGACUGGCGCAACGUCGGCUCGUGGAACCUCGCCAACUUCACCCACCUCCUGCCCAAC